AUGACUCGCAGAAAUCCCAAAUCUCCCGACGCUGGCUUCUAUGCACCAGCAACCAAAGCUAGUAUCCUGAUCUGCAACAAGAGACGUAGGUAUCGACUCGCUCCUGGUAAAAACCUCCUUGAGACUCUUCCAGAGAACGUUCGACACAUGAUCUACAAGCUCUGCAAAUUAGCCCCGCGUGUGAUUAAAAUUUAUAACUCCAGCCUUGGAAAUUGGGAGAACCUUGCCAGAAGAGCAGUAUCAGGAUAUAUGCCUUUGAAUUUUUAUGAAUAUUUCUCUAUUCAAGUAGCCAGAUGCAAAGGCGUCACUGUUCCUGUGGCAUUUCACAUCAGCCACGAGUCUAGAGCGUAUGCAUUACGCUUCUACACUAUCAUCUUCACUGAUCCAAUCCGUGGUCAGCCAGUGUAUUUUGACUUACGGCGAGAUGUUCUUGAAAUUCGAGGUAUGGAGGCGGCAUUCGUACUACUUGGUCAAGUCCCCUCUUUUACCUCUAAACUUUAUGAUUUUACAAAGGGAGGAGAGAUUAUCAGGCCCAUGGUGAAAGUACGCAAUCUGUCCGUUACCUCAGCCGACCGUCCAGACCGACUUCUUACGGGAUAUUUCUUUGGGCUCAAAGAAUUCACAGACACGAAAUACCUGCGAACCCUUUAUCUUCAUUAA